UCAGGAGCGCCGCCGAUCGGUACCGAGACCAGCGAGAGUCAAGAUGGAGGGUCCGCGCUCCGCGAGCACAGGCACGAAUCCGCGCACGCCAACCUUCGCUUUUCAAUGAAGAGGAUUUAUUCACGAUCAGUGUCUUUUAUUUGGAAACCCGACGCCGAUCCGUUUGUCUGGGGAGUUUUUCUCGUGGAGAAUAAUUGAUCCGAUGAUGAGUUCGGGGGAGGGAGAGGACACAUCUAAGGAGGCGGCCGACAUAGCGGCGUUUUUCAAAUCCGAAUGCUCUCUUCCAAAAUGUGAACCCAAGCUUGAAUUACCCAGUCACACAGGGUUUCACAGAAAUGAGGACAUGAAGGCCGUUGAAGUUCUGCCCAUCCUAAAGGAGAAGGUGGCUUUCUUAUCAGGUGGACGAGAUCGUCGGGGUGGGCCAGUCCUCACAUUUCCUGCCAGGAGUAACCAUGACAGAAUACGACAGGAGGAUCUCAGAAGGCUUAUUGCCUACCUCGCAAGCAUACCCAGUGAGGAGGUGAGCAGAUAUGGCUUUACGGUCAUUGUGGAUAUGCGAGGAUCUAAAUGGGACUCUAUCAAACCCCUGCUGAAGAUCCUUCAGGAAUCAUUUCCUUCCUGCAUUCACGUCGCUCUCAUCAUCAAACCCGACAACUUCUGGCAGAAACAGAGGACGAACUUCGGCAGUUCCAAGUUUGAAUUCGAAACCAUCAUGGUGUCCCUUGAGGGCUUGACCAAAGUGGUCGAUCCCUCUCAGUUGACUCCAGACUUCGAUGGAAGUCUGGACUACGACCAUGAGGAAUGGAUCGAGGUUCGAGUGGCAUUUGAGGAGUUCACAGGCAAUGCAGCUCGUGUCCUGGCGCGUUUGGAGGAACUUCAGGACGUGGUGUCCCAACGAGAGCUACCAUCAGAUCUGGACGGCUCUCGGCGCGCCAUGGAGGAACACGCCUCGCUGAAGAAGAAGGUUACUAAAGCUCCUGUCGAGGAGCUGGACACGGAGGGUCAGCGUCUGCUCCAGCGGAUCCAAAGUGGAGAUAAAGGUCGAGGAGAUAUUCAAGGUUUAGCUCCUAAAGUCCAGGCAAUGCUGGAUAAACUGCACUCCACACGACAACAUCUGCACCAGUCCUGGCACAUGCGCAAACUCAAGCUGGAUCAAUGCUUUCAGCUAAGACUCUUUCAGCAGGACGCAGAAAAGAUGUUUGAUUGGAUCGUCCACAAUAAAGGCCAGUUCCUGAACACUUACACUGAGAUAGGAGCCAACCACCAGCACGUACUUGAACUGCAGACCCAGCACAACCACUUCGCCAUGAACUGCAUGAAUGUGUAUGUGAACAUCAGUCGAAUCAUGUCGGUGGGGAACAGACUUCUGGAGUCGGGUCAUUAUGCCACCCAGCAGAUCCAGCAGAUCUCAGGUCAGCUAGAACAGGAGUGGAAAGCAUUCGCCGCUGCUUUGGAUGAGAGGAGCACACUGCUAGAUAUGUCUGCUAACUUCCAUCAGAAAACUGACCAGUACAUGAGCAACAUGGACUCAUGGUGUAAGGCUUGUGGAGAGGGCGACCUUCCUUCUGAGCUGCAGGACCUUGAAGACACCAUCCAUCACCACCAGGGUCUUUAUGAACACAUCACCGCUGCCUAUUCUGAGGUAAGUCAGGAUGGCAAAUCCCUACUAGAUAAGCUCCAGCGCCCUUUGACCCCAGGCAGUGCAGAUUCGCUGACGGCCUCGGCUAACUACUCCAAGGCUGUGCACCACGUCCUGGAUAUCAUUCACGAGGUUCUGCAUCACCAGAGGCAGCUGGAGAACAUCUGGCAACACCGCAAACUCCGUCUCCACCAACGCCUGCAGCUUUGCGUCUUCCAGCAGGACGUCCAGCAGGUCCUAGAUUGGAUUGAAAACCAUGGCGAGGCUUUCCUCAGUAAGCACACAGGCGUGGGGAAGUCUCUCCACAGGGCUCGGGCACUGCAGAAACGUCAUGAAGACUUUGAAGAAGUAGCUCAGAACACCUACACCAACGCUGAUAAACUCCUAGAGGCUGCAGAGCAGCUGGCACAGACGGGCGAGUGUGACCCGGAAGAGAUCUAUCAGGCGGCCCAUCAGCUAGAGGACCGCAUCCAGGACUUCGUAAGACGUGUGGAACAGCGCAAAGUCCUGCUCGACAUGUCUGUGGCCUUCCACACUCACAGCAAAGAGUUGUGGACGUGGUUGGAGGAGCUUCAGAAGGAGUUAUUGGAUGAUGUUUAUGCUGAAUCAGUGGAGGCGGUGCAGGAGCUCAUAAAACGCUUCGGUCAACAACAGCAGACCACCCUGCAGGUCACCGUCAAUGUCAUCAAAGAGGGAGAGGACCUCAUCCAGCAGCUCAGAGAUUCGGCGAUCUCCAGCAAUAAGACUCCUCACAACAGCUCAAUGACUCACAUCGAGAGUGUCCUGCAGCAGUUGGAUGAGGCUCAGGCUCAGAUGGAGGAACUCUUUCAGGAACGAAAGAUCAAACUAGAGCUUUUCCUGCAGCUCAGGAUCUUUGAACGCGACGCCAUUGACGUUAUCUCAGAUCUGGAGUCAUGGAACGAGGAGCUGUCUCAACAGAUGAACGAGUUUGACACUGAAGAUCUGACGCUAGCCGAACAGAGACUGCAGCAUCAUGCUGAUAAAGCCCUCACAAUGAACAACCUCACCUUUCACGUCAUCCAUCAGGGACAGGAACUGCUGCAGUACGUCACGGAGGUUCAGGCAUCAGGUGUGGAGUUGUUGUGUGAUCGUGAUGUUGAUAUGGCCACGCGGGUGCAGGAUCUGUUGGAUUUCCUGCAUGAGAAACAACAGGAGCUGGACGCAGCAGCAGAGCAGCACAGACGUCACCUGGAGCAAUGUGUGCAGCUACGCCACCUGCAGGCAGAGGUCAAACAGGUCCUGGGUUGGAUCCGUAAUGGAGAGUCAAUGCUCAAUGCUGGACUCAUCACAGCCAGCUCACUACAGGAGGCAGAACAGUUACAGAGGGAACACGAGCAGUUUCAACAUGCUAUUGAGAAGACACAUCAGAGCGCCCUGCAGGUGCAGCAGAAAGCCGAGGCUCUUCUGCAGGCCAAUCACUAUGACAUGGAUAUGAUCCGGGACUGUGCCGAGAAGGUGGCGUCUCACUGGCAGCAGCUCAUGCUGAAGAUGGAGGACCGACUCAAACUGGUCAACGCUUCAGUGGCUUUCUACAAGACCUCAGAGCAGGUAUGCAGUGUGUUGGAGAGUUUAGAGCAGGAAUAUAAGCGAGAAGAGGACUGGUGUGGGGGAAUUGAUAAGCUGGGACCAAAUUCAGAGUCUGAACAUGUGACACCAAUGAUAAGCAAACACCUGGAGCAGAAAGAAGCCUUCCUCAAGGCAUGCACCCUAGCCAGACGCAAUGCUGACGUCUUCCUAAAGUACCUGCACAGAAACAGCGUAAAUAUGCCCGGGAUGCUGGCACACGUCAAGGCUCCCGAACAACAAGUCAAAAACAUCUUAAAUGAGCUGCUACAGAGGGAGAACCGGGUUUUGCACUUUUGGACCAUGAGAAAGAGAAGACUGGAUCAGUGUCAGCAAUACGUGGUGUUUGAAAGAAGUGCCAAACAGGCUUUGGAGUGGAUCCAUGAUACAGGGGAAUUUUACCUAUCCACACACACGUCCACAGGCUCCACUAUACAUCACACACAGGAACUCUUAAAGGAACAUGAGGAAUUCCAGAUCACAGCCAAGCAAACCAAAGAGCGAGUGAAGUUGUUGAUCCAGCUCGCCGAUGGUUUUUGUGAAAAGGGCCACGCCCAUGCGGGCGAGAUACAGAAAUGGGUCGCCUCGGUGGACAAACGCUACCGUGACUUUUCCAUCCGCAUGGACAAGCACCGAUCCUGUCUGGAGAAAGCGCUCGGCCUGUCCACAGACUCCAACAAAGCAAGUAAAGAUUUGCAGUUGGACAUCAUUCCAGCCAGUGCUCCUGGUGCAGAGGUCAAACUCAGAGAUGUUAACCAUGAGCUCAACGAGGAAAGGCGCAAAUCUGCACGCAGAAAAGAGUUUAUAAUGGCAGAGCUCAUUCAGACUGAGAAGGCUUAUGUGAGAGACCUGCGCGAGUGUAUGGACACAUACAUGUGGGAGAUGACCAGUGGUGUGGAGGAGAUUCCCCCAGGGAUUGUCAACAAAGAGCACAUCAUCUUUGGCAACAUGCAAGACCUGUUUGAGUUCCACCACAACAUUUUCAUUAAAGAGUUGGAGAAAUAUGAGCAACUCCCAGAGGAUGUGGGUCACUGUUUUGUGACAUGGGCGGAUAAGUUUCGGAUGUAUGUGAAUUACUGUAAGAAUAAGCCUGAUUCCACUCAGCUUAUCCUGGAGCACGCCGGGACUUAUUUUGAUGAAAUCCAACAGAGGCACAGGCUGGCCAACUCCCUCUCAUCAUACCUCAUUAAACCAGUUCAGAGGAUCACCAAGUACCAGCUACUGUUGAAGGAACUGUUGACGUGUUGUGAGGAGGGUAAAGGGGAGAUUAAAGAUGGUCUGGAGGUUAUGCUUAGUGUGCCUAAGAAAGCUAAUGAUGCCAUGCAUCUCAGCAUGCUGGAAGGUUUUGAUGAGAACAUCGAGUCCCAGGGUGAGUUGAUCCUGCAGGAGUCGUUCCAGGUUUGGGAUCCAAAGACUCUGAUUCGUAAGGGCAGAGAGCGGCAUCUCUUUCUUUUUGAGAUGUCACUGAUCUUCAGUAAGGAUGUCAAAGACUCCAAUGGCAGGAGCAAGUACCUCUACAAGAGCAAACUUAUGACCUCAGAGCUUGGAGUGACUGAACACGUGGAAGGAGAUCCUUGUAAAUUUGCACUCUGGAUGGGACGGACACCUACCUCAGACAACAAAAUCGUUUUAAAGGCAUCCUGUAUUGAAAACAAACAGGAUUGGAUCAAACAUGUUCGUGAAGUCAUUCAGGAACGUACCAUCCAUUUACGGGGGCCGCUCAAGGAGCCCAUACACAUUCCCAAAGCUACUGCAGCCAAACACAAGGGCAAACGGGAUGGAGAGGACUUGGACAGCCAAUGUGAUGCAAGCAGUCAACCAGACACAAUCUCCAUCGCCUCCCGCACCUCUCAGAACACACUGGAUAGCGACAAGUUGUCCGGCGGAUCAGAGCUGACUAUUGUCAUCCACGACUUUGUGGCCAGCAGUGGUUCAGAGUUGACUGUACGGAGAGGCCAGACGGUGGAGUUGGUGGAAAGACCCCAGGACAAGCCAGAAUGGUGUCUGGUCCGAACCACAGACCGCUCACCGGCUCAGGAGGGCCUGGUGCCCAGCUCAAUGCUCUGUAUCGCUCACUCCCGCAGCAGCAUGGAGAUGGAGGGCAUUUUCAACCAUAAAGACACACUGUCAGUCUCCAGUAAUGAAGGAGUUCUGUCAGGCAGUGCCACAUUGCAGCCAAGUCACCUGCACAGCUCUCCCGGACCCAAGCGGCCCGGAAACACCCUGCGCAAGUGGCUGACCAGCCCUGUCAGACGCCUCAGCAGCGGCAAAGCAGACGGCCAUGUCAAGAAACUGGCACACAAGCACAAGAAGAGCCGAGAUGUCCGCAAGAACGCAGAUGCCGGCUCGCAGAAAGACUCUGACGACAGCGCCGCCACACCGCAGGAUGAGACUAUAGAGGAGAGGAUGAGAAACGAGGGAUUGAGCAGCGGGACUCUGUCGAAGUCUUCCUCCUCUGGGAUGCAGAGCUGUGGUGAGGAGGAGGGGGAGGAAGGACCAGACUCUGUUCCCUUGCCGCCCCCUAUGGCCAUCCAACAGCAUAGCCUUCUGCAUCAGGACUCACAGGAGGACAAGGCCUCUCGUCUCUCUGGACGUCCCAGCAGUUCAGAGACACCAAGUGCAGCCGAGUUGGUUAGCGCCAUCCAGGAACUCGUCAAAAGCAAAAUGAAUCUGGAAGACAGGCCCAGUUCUCUCCCGGUAGAACACGGGGACAGCAGCAGUCCCUCCUGUAACCCCUCUGAUAACUCCCUCCUGUCUUCUUCAUCUCCCAUCGAUGAGCUCAACGAACGCAAGACUGGCUUCCUCAAGAGACGACACUAUGUUCUUCUGGAGCUGGUGGAGACUGAGAGAGAUUAUGUGAGAGACCUUGGUGCUGUUGUGGAGGGAUACAUGAGCAGGAUGAAGGAGGAGGGUGUUCCCGAUGACAUGAAGGGCAAAGACAAGAUCGUUUUUGGAAACAUUCACCAGAUCUACGACUGGCAUAAAGACUUCUUUCUAAGUGAAGUGGAGAAGUGCUUGGAGGAUCCUGAUAGACUUGCACCUCUGUUUAUCAGACAGGAACGAAGGUUGCACAUGUAUAUUGUCUACUGCCAAAACAAGCCCAAAUCUGAGCACAUUGUAUCCGAGUACAUCGACACAUAUUUUGAUGAUAUGAAGCAGAGGUUGGGUCACAGGCUACAGAUCACAGAUUUGCUCAUCAAACCCGUACAGAGGAUCAUGAAGUACCAGCUUCUGCUGAAGGAUUUCCUCAAGUUCUCUAAAAAGGCUGGUUUAGACACUAUAGAGAUAGAGAAAGCAGUAGAGGUGAUGUGUGUUGUCCCCAAACGUUGCAAUGACAUGAUGAAUGUCGGACGCCUUCAAGGAUUUGAUGGUAAGAUUGUAGCCCAGGGUCGACUGCUUCUCCAGGACACUUUCAUGGUUUCAGACCAGGACGGCGGUCUUCUUUCCCGCAUGAAGGAGAGGCGCGUCUUCCUCUUUGAGCAGAUAGUUAUCUUCAGUGAACCUCUGGAUAAGAAGAAGGGCUUCUCCAUGCCAGGCUAUCUCUUUAAAAACAGCAUAAAGGUCAGCUGGCUGGGUCUAGAAGAGAGUCCUGACGGUGACCCCUGUAAGUUUAUUUUGACAUCGAGGUCAUCGGCUGGCAGUACAGAACACUACUUCCUUCACUCCUCCAAUCGGCUGGUUUGCCAAGCCUGGAUCCAGCAGAUCAGCAGCAUCCUUGAAAACCAGAGAAACUUUCUUAAUGCACUGACUUCACCCAUUGAAUACCAACGGAACCAUGUUGGGGCGAGUGGUCUUGGAGGACCCAGCAGCAGUGGACUUCCGGGUGGUAGCAGCGGCUCAGCCAUGGGUCCCGGCUGUGGUUCCCGAUCCCGAACCUCCAGAAUUCCUCAACCUUCAUCUCGCCUCCCCCAGCCUGUGCAGCACCACCACGCCCCCGCCCCAGAUGACCGCACCUCAGGUACGUGCCCUCUCCCUGACCAGGAUGUAAAUGGUGAGGUCCCCAGAAUGCGGGUCCUGGAAAGCCCCUUAAAAGAGCUACGCGAGGACACCCCCACCCCGAGAGCCACAGUCGCUCCCCUGUCUCUUACCCUCACAAAGCCCCGUCUCGGGAUCCCCUCGCCCGUUGUCUCCCCUUUGAACACUCAGAACUUCGCAUCCUUCAGCAUCCCAGGCCAGAAGGGCUCCCCGUUUUGGGCUGCCAUGCCAACCUCUCCUACUGGCAGGCCUGGCUCGUACACAGAGCCGAGUGACACGCUGAGUCGCAGCCAGAUUCAGAAUCGCAGACACUCAGCACACAGUAAGGAGCUGGACCGCAUCAGUACCUGCUCCUCCACCAGUGAACAGUCUCUACUCUCCACUCACAGCAACGGGAGUGAAAGCAGCAGCAGCAGCAGUGUGUCCACCAUGUUGGUGACCCAGGACUAUGUGGCUGUAAAGGAGGAUGAGAUCAGUGUAUAUCAAGGAGAGGUUGUGCAGAUAUUGGCUUCCAAUCAGCAGAACAUGUUUCUGGUUUUCCGCGCCGCCACAGAACAAGGCCCAGCGGCCGAGGGCUGGAUCCCCGGUUAUGUUCUGGGUCACACCUCCACCGUCAUCCCUGACUUCCCCGAUGGAACCCUCAAGAAAUCUUCAUCAUGGCACACAGCCCUCCGCAUAAGACGGAAGUCCGAGAAGAGAGACAAAGAGGCCAGGAAGGAGAGCAAACCAGAAAAUGGCUACCGCAAGUCUCGAGAUGGACAAGCUAAUAAAGUUUCUGUAAAGCUUUUGAAUCCCAACUACAUAUAUGAUGCAGUUCCCCCUGAGUUCGUGGUCCCUCUGAGCGAGGUGUCGUGUGAGAGGGGCGACAGCGUGACUCUCCGCUGUAAGAUCUGUGGGCAGCCCAAAGCCUCGGUCUCUUGGAGAGGACCUGACCAGAGCACUCUGACCAAUGGUGGAAGAUACACACUCACACACAGCGAGACUGGUGAAGUGACCUUGCGUAUCUCACCUGCCACACUGGAUGAUAGCGGCACGUACACCUGCAUCGCCUCCAAUGACGUUGGCUCAGUGACAUCAUCAGCCUACCUUCGAGUGCUUGGAACUUGUGAUGGCAUCCUCUGGAAAGAUAACUUUGAGUCCCUAUACACUGAGGUCAUGGAACUGGGCAGAGGAAGGUUUGCCGUCACUAAGUGGUUUGAGCAGAGGGGAAGCCGGCGAUCGGUGGCCGCUAAGCUCGUGAAUAAGAAGCUAAUGCGUCGAGAGCAGGUGGUUCAGGAGUUGGCCGUCCUACAGUGUCUUCAGCAUCCUCACCUGGUGCCCCUGCUGGACACUUAUGAGACCCCAGCCAGUUACGUUCUCAUCCUGGAGAUUGCUGAUCAAGGUCGUCUUCUCGACUAUAUCGUUAGCUGGGGGAACCUGACCGAAGAGAAAGUGACUCUUUAUCUACGGGAUAUUUUAGAAGCUUUACAUUACCUUCAUGCGUGCAGAAUAGCUCAUCUUGACUUGAAGCCUGAAAACGUAGUGAUCGAGCAUAGUUCAACCCAGCCUCUCGUCAAACUGACGGACUUUGGUGAUGCGGUGCAUCUCUCUAGCGCCCCCUACAUCCAUCCUCUGUUGGGCAGUCCGGAGUUCUCCGCACCCGAGCUGGUCUUGGGUGAGCCAGCUACUUUGGCGUCUGACCUCUGGAGUCUGGGUGUGCUUGCGUACGUGAUGCUCAGCGGGGCGUCCCCAUUUCUGGAUGAAAGUGUCGAGGAGACCUGCCUCAAUAUCUGCCGCCUCGAUUACAGCUUCCCGGAUGAUUAUUUCCAGGGCGUGAGCCAGGCAGCGCGGGACUUCGUCCGCUUCUUACUGCAGGGCGAACCGUGCAGACGGCCCACUGCGCAGGUCUGCCUGCUGGAGGAACCGUGGCUGCAGCCGAAUGCGGCAUACGGAUCCGCUCGCCUCGACACUUCCAGACUCAUCUCCUUCAUCGAGCGCAGGAAACACCAGAACGAUGUGCGGCCCAUAGCCGCGCUCAAAGCCUUCCUGCGCAGUCGUCUCCUGAGCCAGACCUGACAUAAUGCAGCGUUCCAGACAGACCAGAGUUGAAAUUUCCUACUUUUAACUUUAAAGCAAAGUAAAUCAUGGUCAAAUGUCAAUGAAACGGGAUGGCAGUGAUAAUUCGUUUUUUAUUUAACCACUAUGACACAAAGAAAUGUAACAAUGAAGGUCAGCAAAUAACUAAACUUUUAUUUAAAUAAUAAUAUGAUUGUAUGUGAAGAGCUCAGAUGUAAAAGCCUCUAAACACCACCUUGGUCCAAAAUGGUCCAAAACCGAAUGCUCUCGGCACGUAUUUUACAUUCAUCAAAUAUUUAUGCUUCAAAUCCGCUUAAUCCUGGCCUUCGGCCAUUCAGAAACACAGCUUUGUUCGUAGAAUCCAUCAAAUGCCACAUUGAUUUUAGCAUAGUCCUUAAAGUGUAAAGGGGGUCGCACACAGGACGCGUCGAGUCCCGUCUAGGACAACUCGGAGGUAUCGUAAACCGGAAGUGCACAUUAAAUACUGCGAGCUUCGUCAGAUAGUGUCUACUUCAAAAUGCCAAAUAUACGUUAGCAGCCAAUGUUAAUCGUUAUUGAUUUGGGACAAAUAUGAUGUUAUUUAAUGUUAAAUUACGUGAGUGGCGCUCUGUGGCGCAACAGGGAUUUGAGCAACUACCAUAGCUGGACGGCGCGGAAAGGUGCCAACUGUCGGCGCCGGUGUGCGUAUACUUACAGAAAACAAUGUGUUUGAUUUUUUUUUAGAACGCCGCGGCGCUGCACGUCCGGUGUGCGAACCCCUUAAAGAAGACAAAUAUGAAACAUCACAGCACCUCCCUAAUAUGUGAUUGAUUCAGUUUUUAAUUUUUACUUUUUGAGUUUCUAGUUGCAUUUUUAUGGGGCAUACACACCAAACGCGAAUUCAAUGAUUUUGAUACAUACAAAGUCAAUGCAAAGACGCGAAUAGAUACAAACUCGUGUGGGGCGAUGCGAUUGCACACACUAUUCACCUCAAACGCGUCUUCGUGCAAGUUGCAAAUAUUCAAAUUAAGCGAAAAAUGUAUUUGUAUACGCGAUGGUGUAUACGCACAGCAUUAGUGAUUUUGCAACUUUUUACUUUGUCGUGUCCAAAGAAAUAGAGGUUUUUGGCAAAAAAGCUUGCUUCCAGUUAGAGGGUUUUGCAGCGAAAGACAGUCAAAUUUGUUAAAUUCAAAUGAAAUGACUGAAGUGUUAAAUGACUAAAUUUGUUUAAAUACCAACUAAUAACCUUUUCGUUGCCGUUAAAGUGAAAUUACUCAACCUAUAAAUGGGAGAUUGAUAAAAAAAAUGCUUAUUUACAAGAAAACGUGUCAGAUGCACUGUAAUCUGCUUUGCCAGGCAAUUUACAAGUGAUCAUUUUAAAGUCAAAAGUGGGAAAAUGUUCAAGUUACAAGCUGUCUGGAAUGCAGCAUAAACAUGGGAAGAAAAGCUGCUGAGGCAACAACGAGUAUAGUCCACAAAUAACAAACCAUAAAUACCAAAGGUUAUGGUUUCACUUUGCCCUGCAGUUCUGAGCAAAUAAUGGAGGAAGUCUGUUGAAAAAAAGAAAGAUAAACAUAUAUGUGUAUAUAUACUGAAAUCUCAUCCUCAUUUUAUAGCCACAAAGUGUGGUGCAACGGUUCUGGGUUCCUGUUUUACUGCUGCUAACAAAACUCUGAAGUUUCCUUCCCUACCCUUUAAAAAUUCAUUCCUGCUUUGUAUGGACGACACUCACAAGACAAAAAAAUGUGAAUUAAGAAUCGAGAGAUUUCGUUUGUUUGAAGGUUAUGUUUCCUGAGCCAGUAAGGUUUCAGACAGUAUUUCAAUCAGGUUGUUUCAGUGGAGUACUGUAAUAUGAAGUUACAUUCAGGAAAGAUUACAUUUUGUAUAAACCAUGUAUAGAAGCACAGUAAAGAUGAUAUCUUUAUCCUGAACGUUUUGGAGAAAAAGCUUAUUUAAAGGGAAUUUGAUUGAAUUUUUUCGACAUUCACCUCAAGAUCAUUUUAGCUGUAAGUUUCAUGUUUAAUAAGCAUAUUACGAAUGAAACGACUUUUACCAGCUGCAACUCCUCCGACAAGGGGAGUAAAAAAAGAAACGCUUCAUUUAAAUUCCCACGUGUCUCUUCAGCCUUAUGUUGUAUAUAAACUGAAGCUUCAUUCGUGUUCAUUUGCAGUGUUUGAAAUGCUUUCUCGCCGGCUGAUCGACACCCGAUAUGAGUACGAGGUGGAAAGCCGCCGAAGCCAGCAAUCGUGUGUAACCACGGCAAACGUGCACUCUUUGUAAUUCAUUCAGAUUUCUAUGUGCAAUGUUGGGGCUUUAACAUUUUGCAGCUAUUUAUAAUAAUUCGUGUUAAAUGGACGUUGUCGGCCACUGCGAGUUGAGAUAUGAUGUGUUUUGCUGAGUAUCAUUUUUUUGUAAAUGCUUAAAGCCUCAUUGCUACAAAUCGUUUGCGUCUAUGUCACACUUCUGUUAUGAAUGUUGCUAUUGAUUUUAUUGUUAUACCAAAGUUAAUCUUUACGUACCUAAAUAAUUCUUCUCCCUGUUUGGUGGUUAUUAUUUGUAACAAUAAGUUAUGAAUGCAAUUCUGACUCCUAGAAAAGGAGUUUACAUGCGUAUUGAUUGUCGAUUUAUUUAUUGUGUCUUGUUCGGUUUUGUUAAUCGAAUUUAAGUCAGUAGUGCAUAUUGUUGAAAUAUUAGGAUUUUUUUAUUUCUGUAUCUGCUCAUUGCAGCAGUAACGUAUUAAUGUAAGUUUGCAUGACUAAAUGACAAUAAUGAUUUCAUUCCGACUUUUAGGUUGACUCUGGGUUAAUGUUGUACAAGAAGAAAGCAAGUUUAGUUUUGGGUCACCUCUGCACCUGUCAGAAAAACCUAUUUGCAAUUUAUUACAUGGUCGGUCACAAUAUGUAUGUUUUUUUUUCAACUAUGUUUACUUAAUUAAGCUUUUAAUGUAUAGAUGUACAGAAACCAUGAAACCUGGACGUAGCUACACCCUGUUUUUUACAUAACAGUAUUUUAUGUCAUUUUGAAUGUUUUUGACUGUUCGUUUUGCAUGUAUAUUUCUUUGUACAGAAACCAUGCUUGUUUGCACAUUCUGUGCUGUACAUACGUUCCUUUACCCUUAGUUAUUUUUGAGAUUAAACAUCUGAAACAUUUUAUUGGUACAACUU